CACUUGCCGAACCAGUCUUCGACAACCCACACCAUUCACACGGCACGACUACCUUAUCUUUGAGGUCUAGGCCCAGAUAUCCUGUCUCUCAGACACUAUAUCACUGGCCUACGGUGUAUAAUUGUGUAAACGGGGUCCAGAAGCGAGGGUUCCCUGACAGGCAUAAACCAUGGCACCAAGAGAUCCGAGAGUCAAGGAGAGGGGAGCGAGCAUUACCCAAGUCAGCCGACCAAGCCCGACGACACAGGACAGCAUCAAGGUGAACAUCACAGAGCAAGUCAGAUCAAAGGUUGUGGCGGGCCGAACAGAAAAGCCAAAGCCAAAGCCCCAAGAUGCUCGAACCCACGAAGCCAACCAGGAACGGGCCUACGUAGCGGCAUCUCGUCGCUCGGACCGCAGUCUCGAGGCCCGUCUCCAGUCGGCCAGGUUGGCAUCUGAAAUCCACAAGAAGCGUACCGGUAAGGGCUUCAAGAUCACCACUGAGGCUGUCCUGAAUGAUGCCAUGUACGAAGAGGAAGAAGAACCCAGGACAGCCCGGCUACCGUAUACCACCGGCAACUUUCAGAAUUUCGCCCUGGAGCAGCACUACCAGAGGGUCGACGCCCAGUUUGCAGAGGCCUUCCCAGCUCUACUCCGACCGCCAGCGAUGCCUCUUGCCCCACAGUACAUGCCAAUGCCUCAGCAGCGAACAAUGUCGAUGAUGUCCGUAAACUCGGUUCCCUCUUACGGUCUCCCGCCAAACCAUGGCAUGCCACAGUUCCACGAGAGGACACAGUCGGCCCCGAAUCUCUCCUUGGUAUCAGCAAACUCAGCCAACCCAACAAGUUCUGGCAUACCACAUGGCUUUGGACAAAAGACACAGUCGCUCCCCGUUGUUCCGCCCAUAUCAACCAAUUCACCGAGUCUAUCCGUUUCCCAUCGGUCUGCCGGUACUCACACAAGGAACUCGUCAAUGUCCGAGUUCUCGACACCUCCGGCUCUUACGCCAAGCGUUGGCGAUGGAUCACCUUCCCUACCGGGACUUCUCACUCCGACCUUCGACCAUGACAAUUUUGACAACUCAAAGACAACACAGCCUCGCUACCGGCAGUCAUCAAUUACCUCAACCAGAUCCGAUACACCGCUUACUCCACAAUCAGCGAUGUCCGUAACGUCGACGACGCAGUCAGGCCAUUCAGCCGCUCUCCCUAAAGCCUCGUCGGAUAGCGUGAAUCAGCUCGCCAGUGAGCCCCAGUUUUAUCCCAACUAUUUCGAUGGUUCUUUUGAGCAUUUCGACGACAUGUAUGACAGCCUGUCACAACCGCCUCUCGACCUUGACGAGUCACGCUCGUUCUAUGCAUCAUUUGCACAACAGGACGAGAACGCGCCAAUUUUUUACCAGACACUGGCAGAGAAGCCCAAGGAGCUUGACGCCGAGCUUGAUCCAUUGGUGAACAAUGAUCACGACACGUUUGUAGACUGGAAUGGUGGCAACGUGUAAGGUCAAGUAGUCUUUUGAGCUGUGUUGGGAGGGAGGCUAUUGCAGAGAAUUGAUAAGUGACGUGGCCAAAGUCACGGAGCAGAGCAGAAACAUCAUUAGUCACUCUGUGCUGGAGUUGUGUGGGUUAUUUUAUGCACCUAUAUCUGGUAAAGGCAAAUCUGCGCCGGAAUAAAGAAACCGUUUUUCACGGCCAAGGAAAAUUACUUCCAUCAGUGGGAAACAGGGAGUUAUGACUGGGACGAUGGGAUGACGAUAUUGCUUUGUAAUAAUAUAAGAGCGUGAUCAAGAGCCUAAUAGGUUUUGGGGACCGGAUGAGAGGUCGGAUUUGGCAUCUUGAAAUCAUCUACUGGUAAACGAUAUACAUUUUUCUGACGAGUUUUGUACUCAUGAUCUCGUGAACGUGGUGAUUAACUCAAACCGCCAUUCGGCAUGUUAAAACCAAACAAAUUAAUGCAAAAGUGA